AAUCGACUCCAAAUCAAAGCAGGCGACGGAGUUUGAUCGAUAAAAGUCAAACGACGGAGUUAGGAGCGCCCAAAGUUUGGGGGCUAAUCAGUAUCAGAACGGUGUAAAUAGUUAGUUGGUAGUCAGUGGCAGAGUGCUACGUGGAAAGAACGGUCGAGGAGCUAUCGGCAUGGAGGAGCUGCAGGAUGCCAGCAUCCACCACAUGACCGCAAAGGUAAUCGCGGCCAUCAAGAACACUAAGAGCUAUGAGCCCAUCUACAAGGAGCUGCAGAAGCUGGUCUGCAAUCCCAGCGUGGACACCCACGAUAUGCGCAACACCCUCGAGGAUGCCAUCAAGAGCGCCGGACUGGAGACGGAGAUCCGGAAUAUUGUCUACAACCUGGUCCGCACGCGGCUGUCCAGAACAGAUGACAAAAACCUGGCCAUCAAACAGGGAGCGAAACCCACCGUUAGUGAUCCACUAGGAUAUUUAAAAAGAGCUGGUGUGCUUUGGGAUCGAAGGGUUCGGAAGAGUUUGAAUGCCAUGUGCACAGAACUGAAGGUUCCACUGCAUGGACAACCAAGGAUCAGUGCUGAUCGCGAGGACUUUAUGGCCAAGUGGAACGAACUGAGCAACUACAAUAUGGAUCUGGCCAACUAUAGGCCUGUUUACGCUCCAAAGGAUUUACUAGAGGUGCUGCUCUCGUUGAAAGGACCCGCCAAAACCACGGAAAAUACAGAUCAAAUCCCCCAAUGGGAGUUCUCCCACAUAGCACUUCCUGUGAAAAAUCUUUUCGAGCUGCGUGCCCACUACGCGGAUCUGCUGCGAAGUGAUAGCUACUUGGGAGUGCCGGAUCUUACGGUUCAGUGCCAGAGGAUUCUGGAGGCCCGACAUGCGCCCAUGUGCCAGCAGUUCCUGAAGAAGGGCUGCACACCCGCACCCUAUAGGGGAGCCCUAUGGGCUUCGGUCCUGGACAGCAAGCUACAUGACUAUGAUAUUGAAUACUGGCAAAAGCUGCGCAAUGCCGUCUGGACCACGGAUCACAUCGUGGACAAACUGGUCUUCAAGGACAUUCAGUUGACGGCCUCCAACGACGACCAGUACUUUGUGUUCGAGGACGUGCUCUACCAGGUGCUGCUCUGCUUCUCGCGGGACACCGAUAUCGGUGGUUGUGUGGAAUACGAGACGUUCCCGGUGAAGGGCAAGACCUACGAAGGUCCUCCAUCGGGUGUGGUGCCCUUCCACGGCAUCUGCAUGUUUGCCGCGCCCUUUUGUUAUCUGUAUGACUCGCCUGUGAGUCUGUACUAUACAUUCCGGGCCUUCUAUAUCCGCUACUGCCAUCGCUUGACCACCAUCAACACGCAUCCUCAAGGGAUUGUCAGUCUGUGCCUGCUCUUCGAGAAGCUGCUGCAGACCUAUGAACCGCAGUUAUGGUCCCAUUUCCGGGAGCUUCAGAUACAACCCCUGCGUGUGGUCUUUAAAUGGCUUAUGCGAGCGUUUUCCGGACAUUUGCCCCCCGAUCAAUUGCUGGUCCUCUGGGAUCUGAUCCUUGGCUUUGAUAGCUUGGAGAUCCUUCCUCUAUUCGCCAUCAUCAUUCUUAGCUUUAGAAAGGAGAGCAUCAUGCAGGUGGCCUCGUUGGAUAGCAUCGAAGCGAUUCUGGCAGACUUAUCUUCUAUCAAGGUGCUGCCCCUAGUGCAACUAGCCCUAAGUCGGGACUAAAAGUGUGGUUUUAAGUUACAAAAUUAAAGUAUUAAGAGUGUUUUGAAAUAUAACAUGUAUGCAACUG